AUGGACAUGAGCUUUCUCCGCAUGGGAGAAUGGUGGACCAAGCCUGAACAUUUCAAUGCCCCAUUGGUCUUUUACCUGGAAGAGGAGCAGGAGGAGAAGAUAUUCAAUAGGCAGGAGGACAGAUACCUCCACUGCAUGGAGGAGCACAGCCACACCCUCAUUCAGCUGGAGUCCUGGUUCACAGUCACAGACCACAACCACUUCACUGUGGUGGGUCCACCUAAGGCCAGGCAGUGGCUGAUGGGCAUGAUAUGGCUUUUGGAGCACAGGAACGUUCACUAUCAAGCUCGAGGUUACCAGAUGCCGCAAAAUACCUGGAGCCAGACCUUAACGAAGGAGAACUUGGCUGCCUGUCUCAGAGUAUAG